AUGCCCUCCAAAAGAAAACAUUCGAGUGUCGAGAACGUGGAUGAUGGUAAUACCGAGAACGAGCAAAAGCGCUUCGCCUAUUUGAAGUCGAGCGUGCGCCGUAUUAACGAGAACACAAUUAAAUCCAAAUGGACCACACUCCCCGAGCCUGUUCAGGAGAAAGUCCGGGACUUGUUUUUGGCCCUUGAACGUCCUGUGAUUGUUCGUCAGCAGAAUGAACGCAAGCGUAUCGAAGCCCAGAGCGCAGUUCGAGCGGUAGUUAACAAUCUUUCAAAACGUCUGCCUCGAAUGCCAUUUCCUCCAAUAACGAAGGACUCGAAUUUUGACUACGAAUCUGCAAUUGACGAACAUCGAUCACUUGAGGCAAGUCUUGCCACGAUGAAGGACAGUGCCGACCUCCUUCGUGCAGAAAUUGCAAAAGAAGAAUCGCUUCUUGAACAGGAGAAGCAAUCUUUGCAGGAAAUGGAAAGGAACGCGAAAGGCGCAGAAGCGGAGCGAAAGCGCUCCUUGAAAAAGGAACACCCUAUAUUGCGCCAACUUGAUAACUUGCAAAGGCCUUCAUUCGAAGAGUGUGCGCAGUUUGCAGUGCUCAAUCAUACUCAAAAUUCAGUCACUCUGGAUGAGCUUGAUGGAGAUCCCGACGUACACAAGCUGAUGCUCCAGCUCCAAGGCCAUCUGCAGUCAAUGCAGACGAAUACAGCACCUUUGGAUGGGCUCAGUGAUGCAAUCAUGCGAUCUCAAGCCGCAUUGGACCUUCUGUUUACUUCAAGUGACUGA